AUGGCUGAAUUUACAAACUACAAGGAUACUGCCUCCAGCCGCCACCUGCGGUUUAAGUUACAGAGUCUAAGCCGCCGCCUUGAUGAGUUGGAAGAAGCCACAAAAAACCUCCAGAAAGCAGAGGAUGAGCUCCUGGAUCUGCAGGACAAGGUGAUCCAGGCAGAAGGCAGCAACUCCAGCAUGCUGGCUGAGAUUGAAGUGCUGCGGCAGCGAGUGCUGAGAAUCGAAGGCAAAGAUGAGGAAAUUAAGAAAGCAGAGGACCUGUGUCAGCUGAUGAAGGAGAAACUUGAAGAGGAGGAAAACCUCACCCGGGAGCUGAAAUCUGAGAUUGAGCGGCUUCAGAAACGAAUGGCCGAACUGGAGAAGCUGGAGGAGGCCUUUAGCAGGAGUAAGAAUGACUGCACCCAACUCUGUUUGAGCCUGAAUGAGGAGAGAAACCUGACGAAGAAAAUCUCCUCUGAGCUGGAAAUGCUCAGGGUCAAAGUGAAAGAACUGGAGUCUUCUGAGGACCGCCUAGAUAAAACUGAGCAGAGUUUAGUGUCAGAGCUAGAAAAGCUUAAAUCAUUAACUCUGAGCUUUGUAAGUGAGAGAAAAUACCUGAAUGAAAAGGAGAAAGAAAAUGAGAAACUUAUAAAAGAGCUCACUCAAAAACUGGAGCAGAACAAAAAAAUGAACCGAGAUUAUACAAGGAAUGCUUCUAAUCUUCUGGAAAGGAAUGACCUGCGUAUCGAGGACGGUAUCUCUUCCACUCUGCCAUCCAAAGAAUCCAGAAGGAAGGGCACUCUGGACUAUCUAAAGCAGGUAGAGAAUGAAACAAGAAAUAAAUCUGAAAAUGAAAAGAACCGAAAUCAGGAAGACAAUAAAGUCAAAGACCUUAACCAAGAGAUUGAGAAACUUAAGACACAAAUCAAACAUUUUGAAUCUUUGGAAGAAGAGCUUAAGAAAAUGAGGGCCAAAAAUAAUGACCUUCAGGAUAAUUACCUAAGUGAACAAAAUAAAAACAAACUCUUAGCCAGCCAGUUGGAGGAGAUAAAACUACAAAUCAAGAAACAGAAAGAAUUAGAGAAUGGGGAGGUAGGAGGGGAGGAUGCUUUCCUGUCUAGCAAAGGCAGGCACGAGAGGACUAAGUUUAGAGGCCACGGGAAUGAGGUAUCUAUGUCGAAGCACACAUCUCGGGAACUGUCCCCUCAGCACAAGCGGGAAAGGCACCGAAACAGGGAGUUUGCUCUUAAUGAAAACUAUUCUCUGAGCAACCGGCAGGUUUCCUCUCCCGGUUUUACGAACAGGAGGGCAGCCAAAGCUUCCAACAUGGGGGCAGGUACAGACAGUGGGACUCAGGAGACAAAAAGAACUGAAGACCGAUUUGCACCUGGCUCCUCUCAGAGUGAAGGGAAGAAGUCCAGGGAGCAGCCAUCAGUGCUCAGCCGCUACCCUCCAGCUGCUCAGGAGCACAAUAAAGUUUGGAAAGGCACUCCCAAGCCGGGCACUGAGAGUGGGAUGAAGGGGAAAGUAGAGAAGACAACACGGACAUUUAAUGAUGCCACCCAUGGAUCUAUUCCCAAUGACAUAUUGUGCAGAGCUGACAAGGCUUCUGACACCUCCACUGAGGCGCUCUUUGGCAAGAGGGGGCAGGCGCCUAGCAAUGGAAGCCAAGUAGCUCAGGCCGCAGACUCUGGCAGUUCUAAGGCCCUUGGCGCUCUGGCCUCAUCUCGAAGAUCUUCCUCAGAAGGGCUCUCUAAGGGCAAAAAAGCUGCCAAUGGUUCAGAGGCUGAUACCAGUUCUUCCAAUUCCAAGGCUCCGCUUUCAUCAAAGUAUCCUUAUGGCUCCAGAAGCCAAGAGAACAUCCUUCAAGGUUUUUCAACCCCAAAUAAAGGAGUUGAUCAGCCUGUAGCAGUUGUGAUGGAAGACAGCAGUCAGCAUGAGGCCCUACGAUGUCGGGUCAUCAAAUCUAGUGGCAGGGAGAAGCCAGACUCGGAUGAUGACAUGGACAUGUCUCUUGUUACCGCCAAGUUGGUAAACACAACCAUCACCCCAGAGCCAGAGCACAAACAACAGCCUAACUUUAGAGAAACAGCCAAAUCCCGAGGGGGCCUUAGAACAGCCCUGUCGGAGGAUGAGAAAGAUGUCGGGACAGAAAAUGAACCUGUGAAACCUGUCAGAGCCUCCACCAAUACUGUGGAAUUCCCAGAGGCCAAUGGUGCUGGAGUAAAAAGUCAGAGGCCCUUCAGUCCCAGGGAGGCCUUGCGGUCCAGAGCUGUCAUUAAACCUGUCAUCAUUGAUAAAGAUGUGAAAAAAAUCAUGGGAGGGUCUGGAACCGAGGCCACAUCGGAGAAACCAACAUCCACCUCCAAACCAGGCCCAAACAAAGUGACAAGCAGCAUCACUAUCUACCCCUCUGACAGCAGCAGCGGCGGCAGCAGCCCGAGAGCCGCCCCAGCUGAGGCCCCGCGCGAGAGGCACACGUCCACCAGCAAUAUCCAGGUUGGGCCAUCAGACCUCACGCCAGUGAGCAACCAUGGCAACCCCCCCUUUGAGCUCUCCAUUCACAAACAUGACAUCACCUUACAGUUCACAGAGGCUGAAAGAAUGGGAGAUGGGUCCCUGAAGAACAGGCCGGAAACAGUGGUCUCUCGGAGCAGCAUUAUAAUCAAGCCAUCGGAUGUGGUGGAGAGGAAUAACCAUGCACCCCCUGCAGAGACAAUCCGGUGGAAAGGCCACAGUGCCCCUCCAGAGGUGAGCCCUUCAGAGGCCAGGCACGUUACUGUGCGGAACGCUUGGAAGAGCAGGCGAGAUUUGAACUCUUUAGAAGAUCCCCCAACUCAGAUAGGUAAAAGCGUGGUGUCCACCAAUGCCUACACCCAGAGGUCUUCUACAGACUACUCAGACCUUGGGCAGCCCAGGCCUUACCUUUCGGAGCAGGGAACUCGAAGGGUCGGAAACCCGGGGGGUGCCCCUGAGCUCUCUCCUAGAAGGACCCAGAGUAGCCUCACUGUGUCAGAGAUGCUCCCUCGCCGGAACCGGGUGGGAGAUGCUGUCACGGCUGCGGCUUGGAACCAUGUGGCAGGCCCGGAGGAAGGCGAUGACUGCACAGUCAAUGUCUACAGGCGACCACACAGCUCCAUGGAACGGCCUGAACUGCCCGUGAAGCAGGGGCUGUCAGAGCCUGGGCAAGUACAGGCUGAGGAACGGUUACGACCAACUAGGCCUUGUGCUGAGGAAAACUGA